UGUCUUAUGGAUAUGAACAGAUCACACUAAGAAAAUGAGAAAAGAAUUAAAACAUAUUUGAAAAUUAAUUGACCUACCAAUAGGAGAAGUCUAGAAGAAUCCAGUCUAAUUCCCUAUGCAUCAUGAAGAAAACCAGUUCUUUAUGGAACAGCGAGAGUGGUUCAAUUUCCAUAGAAAGAAGCUCCAACAAGGGAAAUCUACAAACUAUGUUGGAUGAAGGGGAAUAUGCUCCUUUCACAUCUGUUCCUAUGUUAGAAAGCAAUUUUAUUCAGGUCAAUAGGAGAGGAGAAUCUGUGUAUCUUCAUAACCGAGCCAACUGGGUGACUGUAGGCAUCUGUGCUUCCAGCCCCAAUCUCAGUUUUCCCAAUGUGAUGUUACUGGCACACCUUGAAUCUAACAGCAAGAAGGAGGAUGAGCCAACAGUUGAUGAUUUCUUGAGCCCCACCUCUGAAGUUCAACUGGUGCUCAGCAGGGUUCUCCCCUUGCAGUUUGUGACUAUUUCUGUUCAUGAUGCUCCGAAAAUGUGCCUCAAAGUAAAGUUGGUGAGUGGACGAGCCUACUAUCUUCAGCUCUGCGCCCCCUCACAUAAACAAGAUGUUCUAUUCCAACAAUGGAUUGAGCUCAUCUCUCUCUUGAAGUCUACUACUGCUUUUACAGUAGGCCGAAAAGUUUCAAAAGUCCAUGAGAACAUUGACAAAAUGACCAAUGCUGAGGAUGAUAUUCAAAUAAACAAUGAAAUAAGUGAGCAGCUUGUGUAUUUACAAGAUUCAGAAAGUGAUACUAUCCUUGAGAAUAAACCAUCUAAUAAUAUCACAAUCUCUGAAGUAGCUUUUGAAGAAUGUGAGAGUAAAUCAGAACUGAAUAAUCAAACCAACUUGAAAGAAAGUGAAACUAUUAUACAAAAAGAGAUAAAUGAUCCUGACCAUGAUGAAAAGAAGAUUGUAGUUUCAGAGCCAGCUACUAAAGCAGAAGGGUUCAGGGAUUCCAGAAAUGAUUUACUCACUUCAGGCUUGUAUAGUUUUUCAAUUUUCCCUCUGAUUAGCCUUUCUUUUCCCUUUUCUACAUUUCUCUAAAUCAUUUCAUGUUCUUCUACAUUUUCUCACAUUCACACUGUAUUGCUCCUGCACUCCAACAAAAGAUAACAGUGAGUAAAAUGAAUUUUUAACCUCUCAUUCUAUCAAAUUCAGAUUUAUUUUAGCCUAAAAUAUGAAUAAUCUUUUGAUGCUCACAAAGAAGAAUCCAAAGUAUUAGCUGCUUUCUACUAUUAGCAAAAAACACAACUAUCACUACUUGUUCAUAUCUGAUACAUAUUAGUUACAUCACCAGGAAAAUCUUUAGCUGGCUCAUCUCACAUCUUUCAGUUUUUUAAUGAGUUACAUUUUCACUCUCACGAGAGGACUGAAAAGCUACUUAUAAUACAAGUGGCACUUCACAUACUUUGUUUUUAUGAAGAAGAAAUAAGGCAUAGUGUCCAGUAUGAUUAUCUUCCUAAAUCUCUCAUUCUUACUCUUUUGAUUUCCUAGUCUUCUCUUCUUUAUUUUCCUUUAUUUAUUCACAGUGAAUGUGAAGGGCAAAAUUAUCAGGUGUAAUUGAUAUUUCUCAACAAGACGGAUUGAAAUGGAGCUGGCAACCAAAGACAGUUAGAAGAGGGAGGAAAUGACUUACAAAUUCUGGCAGUGUACCCACUCUUUCUUCCCUCUUUACUUUUCUUAAAUAUUAAAAAAUUUUAAAAACUUGAAA